AUGGCUUCGAAAUCCAACAAACGGAAAGCACCUUCUUCCCAACAGACGCUCGAUCAGAAGCUCAAAACCGUCCGUGAAGAAGCUGUCGAGGAAGUUGAAGAAGAAGAAGAAACUUCCGAUGAAGAAGAAGAAGAAGAAGAAGAGGUAGAAGAAGAAGUCGAAGAAGAAGAAGAAGAUGAAGAAGAAUCAGAAUCAGAAUCCGAAGGCGAAGAAGAAGAAGAUGAAGAGGAGGAGGAGGAGGAGGAAUCCGAUGAAGAGCCAAACGACGACGCAUCGAAACGUGAAGCCCUGCGCGACCUUCUGGGUCCCUUCUCUAAAUCCCAAAUCAUUGACCUCCUAAAGAAAGCCGCCGCCAGCGACCCGAAAAUCAUGCCCAAGAUCGUCCAGGUGGCCGAUUCUGACCCCACCCACCGCAAAAUAUUCAUUCACGGCCUCGGCUGGGACGCCACGUCCGAACAACUCCUGCAGGCCUUCAGGCCGUUUGGCGAGAUCGAGGACAGCAAAUUGGUCACCGACAAAAACACGGGCCGAGCCAAAGGCUACGCAUUUGUGCUGUUCAAGACGCGUGCCGCUGCCCGAAAGUCUCUCAAAGCUCCCCAGAAGAAGAUUGGGAGCCGGAUGGUCUCGUGCCAGCUGGCAGCCCUCGGCCCACCAGCUGGUGCGGCCACAGCUGCCGAAGGUGGUGCCAGCGGCAGAAAGAUGUAUGUUGGAAAUGUCGGACCUCAAGUUAGUGUUGAGAAGCUCAGAACCUUUUUCGAGAGGUUUGGCGAGAUCGAGGAAGGUCCACUAGGGAUGGACCCUGCAACAAAUAAAUUCAAAGGGUUUGCUAUCAUCACCUAUAAAACGCCCGAAGGGUUUAAGAAAGCGCUGGAGGAGCCGAUUAAAGUGCUCGAGAAUUGCCAGCUGCAUUGCAAGAAGUUUGUCGAAAAUCUAAACAAGAACAACAACAAUGUGGCAAGUCAAAGUGGGGCUUCUACUGCUAGCCAGCCCAUUGCCGAUGCUAGCUAUAGUAGUUUAACCGCUAAUAAUGCUGGGGUUUUGGGUGGUAAUCUGAAUGCAGGCGGGUUUAUGAUGGCACCAAGUGCAGGGCUUGGGUUAGCCGGUAGCCAGAUGCUAGCGGCAGGUUAUAAUCCGGCGAGCCUAGCAGCGGCAGGCUAUAGUCCGGCGAGCCUAGCAGCGGCAGGUUAUAAUCCGGCGAGCCUAGCAGCAGCCUCGGGAUUGAACACGCAAGUUGCUGGAAUGGGCGGUAAUUAUAGCGUGAUUGGGAAUUAUGGGUCACAGGCAGCUCUGCAUGGGUUGGGAGCCUUUCAGAAUGCUGAAGCUGGGCAGUCUUCGGUUGGCACUGUGGGGACCACAACAACAACAUCACGGGCUCCUGCAAGUGGUGGGUCGGUGCAAAAAAAUUUCCCUACCUAUUUUCGCCGUUAG